GCAACCUCGCACAAUAAAACCAGAUAAAAGAUAAGCAAAAUUGUUUAGCGAUUACCACAAACCGUUCGGUUAAAGCCGUUAUAAACGGCAAAAAGUACCUAAGGAUGGAGAAAGAAGUUACUACAAUAUUUACUUUGCAAAGGUAUUUAGAGAAUAAUUUUGAAUUGUAUAAACCAGAGGAAUACAACAUUAUAAAAGCGUUUUAUGAAGAAGAACAAGAUUAUGUAGAUCAUUUAGAAACUUUGGAGAGUCAAAAAUUUGAAUUAGCUUACAUAAAUGUACCUUAUUAUGAUUUGGAGAAUUUGUUUGGUUGUAUCACUGAAAUAAAAAAUUUUCAUCGAUUUGAAUUACCUGAAUAUGCUAUUAAAUGUUACACCAUCGAAGAUAUUUUUAAUUAUUUUUUAAAUAAUAAAAAGAAAUUACGUUAUUACAUUUUAGAUCAAUUCACAAAGUUUCAAGUCAAAUUUUAUGGGAAAAAAGCUCUUUACAAGAGAUUCUAUCAAAAUAACAUCGAUUACAGUUUAACUCUCCCUGAAAGAAAAAUUAUUUCUAUGAUAAAAUAUCACUCAUAUUUAAAAACUUUUGAUCAUCUAAAAGAUUCUAUUAUUUUAUACAACACAUUGAAUUAUUUUCAAGAUAUUUAUAAACAGAUGCAAUAUGUUAAACAACUUGCUGCUAUUCAAAACAUUUCUAAAUAUAUUUGUUUUUAUUACGACACAUUAUGUAUCGAUAAUUUUAAUAUUUCAAUCGAUGGAGCGCCACAAACAAACUAUAGGGUUUAUUUUUUGGAUGAAUUAAUUUUGUUAACAACUUUAGUUCAAGAAUCAAAACUACACAUGCAUAAAAUCGAAUAUAACAUUCGAAACAAUAAAAUACAAUUCUCCGGGGGAACUCCAGAAGAUAUGAAUUUUGAAAUCGUCGAAUACUUGGAAAAUAAUAAAAAGAGAACUUAUAUUUUUACAGCAGACAAUGCAUCAAUUAAAUCAAAAUGGGUGGACGUUAUCCAAAAUGUUUUAUACAAACAAUUUAUUGAACAAAAGCAGAAAGCAAAAACUCCUUAACUAUAUUCCGUUUUUGAUACUCUUUGUUAUAUAGAGCACCCUGAGUGUAUAGACAACUGUAUUGUUGGCGAAUUUGUUGAUCGAUCUGCGUUGUGAUGAAAUUUCUUUUCUAUGUCUGUAAAGUUGUUACUAUGUUAAUUUAUUGUCUAUUUUUAAUAAAUUUAACU